AUGGUCCGACUGAAGCAUCGCUACCUCCUUCUGAACAUCCUCUACCCGGAUGCAGAAACUCCAACCAAGCCCUCGACAGACGCCGAAUUACCACAUGUAAUCUCUUUCCGCCGCCCGUCCUCGGACAAACUCAACGCACAACUCUUAGCACGUAUAAUCAGAGAUGGCGUGGCAGAACUAUUCGGCGAUUAUGGAAGUGGUAUGAUAGCGGCUAGUCUAGUCGUAAAAUAUCUUUCCCCCGCCACCAGUACGGCAAUCGUCCGGGUAUCACGCGCGCAUUAUCGACUCGUAUGGGCAGCCCUGAGUUUCGUCACUCGUCUACCAAAACCGAUCGAUCAGAACUGCGUUAUCCAGGUCGUCAGGGUAUCUGGAACUAUUCGCAAGGCGGAAGAGGAGGCUAUCAGAAGAGCCAAAGCCGCGAUUAUACGAGCCACUGCUAGGGACAAGGGUGCUGAGUUUAUACUUGACAAGAUGCUUGGAAAAGACGACAUGGCGAAUACAAGAGCUGGUGCCUCGAUGGGUAUCAUCAGCCAUGACGAUGAAGAUCAGAUGGACGAGGAUUGA